CGGCAGUAACAAAAUAUUAGCAGCUUUUCAGAGCUGGGGGAGGGGCCGUGUGGGAGCGGACCGCCUCCCCGUAUCUUUUUCCGAAACUUUUCAGGCAGGAGCAGAGCCGGUAGGACACCGACACCUGAGGAGAGAGAGGAAUCCUGUGCCAGGAGUAAGCAGAGCAGCCCUGACUGAGUGCUAACCGCUAGCCGUGCCCUAUCCGCCCCCUGACUGCGCCACGUCUGUGUCCCGAGGGAAAAGGGCUGAAAGCGUUCUCGUCGCCUGACCUCGUGGUCUGACUCACAGCAGUUUCCUCCUCCUGCGGUUCCUACAAGCCGAAGUUCCCGCCUCUCUCUCUCUCUCUCUCUCCCUGGGAGAUUUUUCCAUACUGCCAGAAACUUCAGUCCCAGCGAGGCUCUACUUCUCUGCCACGCUUUUGGACUUUCUGAAACAUAUGUUUCCUGCCAGCUAAAAUACAUUUGUUGGGAAAGGCUUUCCUCUUCAAAUUCUUCUGUUUUUAGAUUUUUUUUUAGGACUAGACUGCUGCCUGCACUUUGCCAAAGGGAUUACGACACUUUUGCUGAAAUGCUGUUUUUCUAGCCUCGCUGGAGAUGUAGAAUGGAGCACCAGAGGAAUCGGACUGAAAAAGAGCUUUUAUCAAACAGAAGAGUGGGAACAGGAGCAACUCAACUGGGACUGGUAGAGGUGUACAGAUGUGCGUCAGAUCUGUUGAAUGUUGCACUGUUCUUGAUUAACUCUUGGCUUUUCUUGGUUUUGGAAAAAAAGAGACAAAUGUUGGCUAAGAAUGUUUAUGUUCUUUGAGAGUGUUAUGCAAAAGAGUAAAUGAAGCUUGACUGAAAUUGGUUUGACGAUUGCACUUGGUUUUGGAAACCAUUAUAAAAAUGGAGAAUGUAAAUGGUGGAAAAAAUACUGAAGGAAAAUAUCCACCUGGCUCCUUUCUGGACAAAAUUUCCACCCUCUUUGUGCGUCCCGAAAAACAGGAGACGCAGAAGCAGGCAGAGGAGAAUGCGGUACUUACGGCUUUCCGGAAUUUGCCAGCCAAGAAAACAAGUAAUGGUGUCGAUAAAGGGAAUGAUGAUCCCAUCAAGGAAGGUAACCUGAGAAAUGGGGCGGAUAGGCAAGGUGAAAACGGGGAUCCUGGCACCACAGACACAGAGGAGGGCGGAGACUAUGCGCAGGGUGUGGUGGAUUCCGAUCUGGUGCAGGUGCGCCUGGUGGAGAUCCACAGUGACACGGAGACAGAGGAUGAGGAGGGGAGUGGGCUGGUCCAAUCAGAACAAGUUAACAGUCACAGGAAGCCCCGCCCCUCAGAAGAGGAUGGAGGGAGGGUUAAGCAAAUCUCAGACUCGUGUGGAGCUGCAAUUGAGACUAACAGUGGGACAUUGGAUCAGAACAUCAAGGAAGAAGAGGCGGAGGAUGUACGUGUAUUUGAAUUUCAGAUUUACCUGGAAAAAGGUUCUAAGAGUAUGGAACCUCCCGAGGAAACAGAAGGGUAUCUGCCUACCGCUCAGAGAGAGCCAGUUACCUCUGAUCCCACUCCCACUGCUGCGUCAAUGGACACCUGCAGUUUACACACCUCCCUCCCCUCUGCCCUGCCAACUGGACCCCCCUGCCCAUCUGAGCAUUCCCCCAGAGCAGCUGUAGAUCGUUCUCUCACACCUGCCCUGACUGAACCGCCUGCUGAGAUUCAGAUGGCCUUACCAGCCUCAGAUCAAUGUCCCACUACUGCAGGAGACUGGGUGUGUGGACCUGACCAACUGUCUCCCACUGCGGGAGACCAAGUUUGUGUGCCUGUAGGUGCGGAUGUGGUAAAUGCGGAUGACAUUGGGUCAGAUUGUCCUGCCGAUGGGUCACCCGUCAGCCUGGGCCCGUGCGAGUUCCCUGGAGACCCGACCCCUUCUGGAGCAGAACCUGGAGAGGCCCCUGACCCCAUGGGGUUUGCCCCUGCCAGCCAGUAUGAUGAGGAGGAAUGCCCCUCGGAGGAUAAGGAAGGGCAGUCGAGUCAGGGUUGCUUCUCUACUGAAAUGGAGCCGGCAUCCACACUCCCUCAACUGAGCAGCCCAACGGCAGGCUUUUCCUCGAGGUCCUCCUUCCGGGGCGGUGCCCUGGCCCCCAGCAGCCCUGUGGAUAGGCCCCUCCAGCUUCCUGGCCUAUACCCUCUGGGACUGAGGGUGCUACAGAGGGGGGAGGAGAGGGGAGCUGUGAAGUUCAGCCUGAAAAAGCCCCCCAUAAGAAGGCUUUUCUCGGAGCCUCUGGGCCUGAGGCGGGAGGCCAAGGCAUCUGCAGUGGGCAAGGGCACCCUGCUGAUGCAACUGAGCCAGAUCUUUAGCCUGGAUAAGAAGGAGUCCCCAAAUGAUGAUGAAGACAGAGGUGACCCCAAGGAGCCUGUGAAGGAGCCCAUGGAGGAGCUCGUGGAGGAGCUCGCGGAGGAGCCCACGGAAGAGGCGGCGGAGGAGCCGGCGGUGGAGGGCAAAGAGGCAGCCCUACCAGAGGACGGAACCAAAGCCACCGGCGCAGAGACGGCUUUCGAAGCCUUCAAAUCUUUCUUCACCCCCAAAUCUGUCAAGCGGCGGGUGGAGCCCCCAGACCUGCAGGCUGUGAGGGAGAAGAUGAGGAAUGAACAGGAGCUACUCCGGGCUAUCUUCGAUAGAUCGCCCUCCAAACCCGCUACUCCUGAACAUAAAGCCCUCGGGCAGUCAAAUACUGAGGUCCCAUCACCUGUAGACAGUGAGGAGCGGACCCCAGGGCGCCUGCAGGCCGUCUGGCCACCGCCACGGCCCAAGGACGAGGAGGAGAAGGUGGGCCUGAAGUACACUGAGGCUGAGCACCAGGCUGCACUUCUGCAUCUCAAGAGAGAAUGCAAAGAUGAAGUGGAAAAGUUACGUGUGGAAUUUGAGCAGCAGGUCUUCCAGAUACGAGGAGAGCAUGCAGUGUCCAUCUCCCAACUGGAGGAAACCAUCAGUGAGAUGCAGCAAGAGCUGGCCAAUAGUGUGGCUCAAUCACAUGCCGUCUGCCGGGAGGUGGGCGUGUCCACGGAGGAUAACCUCCUUCCCAAGUCCUUCCGCAACGUGUGUGUGCAGACGGACAGGGAGACCUUCAUCAAAUCACCUGAGGAGGAACGCAAACCCAGCCAACCCCCCAAUGCCACCGUGCCUAAAAAACUGAACCUCACCUCCAUCAGCCUGAGCCUUAUGGGCAAGGCAGAGUCUGCCUCAGGGUCAGCCCCGCCCCCUCCUCCACCUCCUCACUCACUGUCCAGCCAAUCAGUGCAUGUUCCACCUUCUCCACCUCCUAUGCCAGGGGCAAUGGGCCCACCUCCACUCCCACUGCCUCCUUCACUUCCUGUGGCAGGUCUCUCCCCCCCUCCACCCCCACACUUACCAGGGUGUGGCCCUCCUCCACCCCCGCCCCUGCCAGGAUGUGCCCCCCCUCCACCUCCGCCCCUACCGGGGUGUGGCCCUCCUUCACCCCCACCCCUUCCAGGGUGUGGCCCCCCUCCACCCCCGCCCCUACCGGGGUGUGGCCCUCCAUCCCCCCCGCCCCUACCGGGGUGUGGCCCCCUUCCACCCCCUCCCACAGGAGGUAUAUCUGUAUAUCCGCCAGUGGGGAGGGUCCCCAGGAAGCGUAUGGUGGAGCCUGCUUGCCCCAUGAAGCCCCUUUACUGGACCAGGAUACAGGUGCAGGACAACAACUGUAACACUCUGUGGGGCUCCCUGGAAGAGCCUGACAUCCUGAACCCCCAGGAGUUUGAGGAGCUGUUCUCUAAGGCCACGCCACAGCCAACCAAGAAGCCGCUCUGUGAAGUCUAUGAAAACAAGGCCAAAGUCAAGCGGAUUAUCAAGCUGCUGGAUGGGAAGCGGUCACAGGCGGUGGGGAUCCUCAUCUCCAGCCUACACCUGGAGAUGAAGGACAUUCACCAAGCUGUAAUGACCGUGGACAACUCUGUGGUGGAUUUGGAGACCAUUGAAGCUUUAUAUGAAAAUAGGGCUCAAAAUGAUGAGCUGGAAAAAUUAAAAAAACAUUAUGAAACAUCCAAGGACGACGAGGUCAAGCUGCUGGACAAACCAGAACAGUUCCUGUACGAACUCUCUCAGAUUCCGGACUUCUCUGAACGAGCACACUGCAUCAUAUUCCAGGCUACAUUUUCUGAUGGGAUGUCCUCCAUCUGCCAGAAAGUGGAAAUCAUUUCUGACAUGUGCAAAUGCCUGUUGAACAGGCCCAGCGUGAGGGAUGUGAUUGGGCUGAUCCUGGCAUUGGGUAACUACAUGAACGGCGGGAACAGGACGAGGGGGCAGGCCGAUGGCUUCAGCCUGGAGAUUCUGCCCAAGCUGAAGGACGUCAAGAGUCGGGACAAUCGGAUCAGUUUGGUGGAUUAUGUGGCCUCGUACUAUUUGCGCAACUUUGAUAAGAACACAGGGACCGAGAGGGGUGCGUUUCCCCUGCCGGAGCCCGAGGAUCUUUCCCUUGCUGCCCAAGUGAAGUUUGAGGACCUCUCCAAAGACCUGAGGAAGCUGCAGAGGGACCUGGCUGGUUGUGAAAAGAAAAUUCAAAAGGUCUGCUUGAGCUCUUCUGAGGAACACCUGGAGCCAUUUAAGGAGAAAAUGGAAUCUUUUGUUUCAAUGGGGAAAAAAGAGCACAGUGCUAUGAAUGAUAAGCUUACAUCUGCUCAGAAAAGCUUUCAGGACAUGGUGGACUACUUUGGGGUGAAGCCCAAAUCCAGCGAGAAGGAGGUGGCUCCCAGCUUCAUCUUCAUGUUGUGGUUUGAGUUCUGCAGGGACUUUAAGGUCGCGUGGAAACGAGAGGGCAAAAGCAUCUCCAAGGAGAGGCUGAAGGCGGCACGAGCAUCAGUGAAAAUGAUCACUGAGGAGAAGAAGGUGGAGACCAGGAAGAUCAACCCCAACAGUCUGAAAGAGAGACUGCGUCAGAAGGAGGCGUCAUUAUUCUCCAGCUGAGAGGAGAGAUGAUGAGAUGAAGGAAAACAGAUUACUGAAAAGUGGUGGAUGCUGUGUUUUUCUCUUGGAGAAACACUUUUUUCUACCCCAUCUCCACUCUCCUCUAUGUGCCUCCCACUGCAAUACUGUGUGCUGCCAGAGGGGGCACUGUUACUGAGGGCAGAAGGCUGAGAGGGCAUGCAGUUACAUGCUAGCUGCUGGGAGUGCAGGAUGAGGCUGCCUGGCUAUGUGUAUUCCACCCCACAGAUCUGAGCAUAACAAUGAGAGAGUGUCCUGGAAGAGAACUUUAUAACCUACAAAGGGGGGAUUCUGGAGAAUGUAGUCCUUCACAUAUUCAUUUUUGUCCUUGUCAGGUAAGAUGUGAAAGCUAGCAUUUCCAACUUUUUGCUGUGUUUCCGUAAUAUAAAAGUCUAGCACGCACACUGAUAAUCCUCAAACCAGGGAAGAGAAUAUUAAGAUGACUUUUGGAAAAUUGUAUAUUGUUUAUGAGUGCUUUGGUAGCGAGGUCCUAAAGAGGGAAUUUUGUUGAUUUGGCUCAGUCAUAACUCUUGGUGUGCUGUAGAGAUGCUGAUGGCUACAGCUGAUGAAAUAGCACCCUCUUGUGGUUUCUUAGCGUAAGAGAGUGCAAGCUGGUAAAUGAGUGCAUUUGUCACAGCAUAUCAGAGACUCCUGCCGGCUAUUCCAUCCCACAGUCUGUUAUCACAAGCUAAGACAUAGUGGAAACUCGCAGAGCAGGUAUUGUAUAAAAAUAACAACAUCUUUAAUGGAAAAUCUAUAAGCGAUUGGCUUUGUCAGCUAGGGUCUAAUUUCUAUCAUGUACUGUACUUUAUUUCUAAAAACAUUCACACUGAAUGAUUGUUAAUCUUUACAUGAGAGCAUUUUCCCUGCUUUACACAGCUUUACAUUGUCUGCCCAGGUUUCCCAUAAGUCUUUACUAUAACCCCUCUGUCUGCCCCCAGUUAGUUUCCAUGCUCCUUAUUGCGAUUCAAAUAUUAAUAUUGAAAUGUAGAGCUAGAGGAAUUCAAUUUUUGUCAAUCACCAACACUUGCCUUUCAGAAACCAUAGUUUUGAAGUCAGAGAGAGACCUUUCCAUUCCACUCCUGAGUCAGAAAAGAACACUGAUUCUAUUGCCCAGUUCAGAAGUGCAUUCCCAAGCCUUGUCAUUAUUUUGGGUAAAAUAUCCAGCAUAGUGCACUACUUGGUUAACCUGGUUCUUAGUCCAGCUCACCAGGGGAAAAUCAGCUGCUGUCGAAGGGAUUUGCACUCAGCUACUGAAAAAGAUGUAUAUUGAAUUUUGAUGGUAAAGGCAAUUUAAGCCACCCUUUUAAAAACUUUUCUCUAAAUUAUUCAAGCACAGUCAGGUUUCAUCCAGUCUUUUGGAAGCAGAAACAGAAAAAAGCACUUCAGAACUUUCUAGUUUGCCAGUGUUCCAGAGAUUGUAUGGAAUACCAGAGUAUGUCCUCCAAACCCUGGUAAUAAGUGCAAUAAGUUAGCUUACGCCAAGCUUAAUGUUUACAUGACAAUAUAUUUAUUGAGCAAUACAUUUCUGUUUUUUUUUUUUU